AGAAGACUUCUUACAAUUUAUCGAAAUUCAAAAUUGUUAAGAAAAGGAUUAUCUGAUGUUAUAUUGAAAAGUAUAACUGACUUCGGACUAAAUACUAAAUAUUUAACUGCGCAAGGGUACGACGGAGCUGCAGCAAUGAGUGGCAGAUAUAAUGGCGUACAACAAUUUAUUCGCGAUGAACAUCCUAGUGCCUUUUAUUUACAUUGCAGUGUCCAUUGUUUAAAUUUAGCAAUAACUUUUAGCUGUAAAGUCCCAGAAGCAAAGUAUUUAUUAUCAAUAGAAGAAAUAUUUCCACAGACUAAUCGUUUUAAACUAAAAAAUGUAUGUGCAACUCGAUGGGUCGAUCGCCAUGAUGCAGUUAUAUUAUUUGAAGAACUUCAACCAGCCAUUUUACAUGCACUAGAUAAAAUAACACUUUGGCCAGAUUCUGACACUUCUAGUUCUGCAAUGAAAAUACUUUCCAUAAGUUUUCCUCUCAGCCGAUAUCUUCAAACAGUAAAUCUUGAUCUAAAAACUGCACUAGAAGCUGCAUCUAAUGUUCAAAAUACUAUUCAGGAAAUUAGAGAAAAUUGUGAUGUAGUGUUUCAACAAUUAUUUUUAUCUGUGAUAACAUUGUGUGAAAAAUUUGAUAUUACUGUUAGUUUGCCACGUCAAUGUAAAUCAGAUAAUCCAGAAUAUUUUUUGAGAGUCUCAGAAUUCAUACCUUUUAUAGAUAAUUUUUUAGACCAAUUGAACGAUAGAUUUAUAUCACACAGGAUUGUCUUGAAUAAUUUUGAUUGUAUUUUACCCAAGAUAGAUAUGAAAAUAUCUGAAGAGAUUAAAGGUAAAUUCAAACAAUUAGUAGAAACAUAUCAAGAUAUAGUUGAUGAAUGUACCGAUUCAAAUCUAAACGAUAAUUUAUUAAACGGAGAAUUAGAUUUGUGGUACACUAAAUAUUCAACUUUAACAUCUGCUGAACUCAAGAACAAAAAUGUUAUGGAAGUAUACUUCCAAACCUGUCCAGAGGUUUAUCCAAUAAUAUCUAAGCUUCCUCAAAUAUUUAUUACACAGUAUCUACUGCCACAGGAGAACGAUCGUUUUCAACACUCCGUCGUUUGA